AAGCGGCUGUAACAACCAUCAAGGAAGGGAGCGCACAGACUUGCCCAACAGUUUUAUUUUGCUUUAUUUUCACGAAAUCGCGCAGAAAGUGAAAGGUUUCUUGGUGUGUUGACUCUUAGUGCCACUGCUGUUGUCUCAAAAUGACAAAGGAAAGCAAAACAAUGUCUACAAUUAGGCGGAGGAAGGGGAAACAGGUAGCCAUAGCCCUGCAAAAGAUAAGGGAGGAAAAUCCCAAACCUGUUGUUGCAUCUGAAGCAGAAAUAGCUGCUGCUGAGGUUGAGGAUCAUUGCUACAUGUUUGAUGAUAAGGUGCUUGGACCCAUAGUGCUGAGGCGCUUGAUGUCCAACAGUCGUUCCUUGUUUCUUGCAUUGAUCGUAAUCCGCUGCGCGAAUGCACUGCUCAUUCAAACUCAGUUUGUGCCUGAUGAGUACUGGCAGUCGUUAGAAGUUGCUCAUAAGAUGGUGUUUGGGUACGGCUACAUGACCUGGGAAUGGAGAGAGGGGUUGCGCGGAUACUCGUAUCCCCUUGUGUUUGCUACCCUCUACAAGAUUCUCUACUUCCUGGGCAUUGACUCAAGGGUUAUGCUGAUCAAAGCUCCCAGACUAGUACAAGCCGUUAUAGCAGCUUAUGGGGACCUACAUUUGUACAAGUUGUCCAGUCGACUCAGUGGCAGAGCUACUGCCCAGUGGUCACUGCUUUGCCAGCUCCUGUCUUGGUUCACUAUCUACUGCUGCACCCGAACUCUCAGCAACUCCACAGAGACGGCUCUGAUAGUUGGAGCCCUCAGUUACUUCCCUUGGCCAGACAGUGCUUCGAAAAGAAAUGAUGUCUACAAGUUUCUUAUACUGGCUGCGCUGUCAGUGAUCGUUCGCCCUACGGCUGCUCUUAUAUGGAUUCUCUUGUGCUCCUGGCACUUGCAGAGGCUCUAUGGGUCAAUGGCCUUCCAGUCUGUGUUCAACGCUUAUGUUUUUGUGGGUGGACUGUCAUUUGGAGGAUCGGUGGUCGUCGACCGGAUCUGGUAUGGCCACUGGACUGUGGUUCACUUCAACUUCCUGUGGUUCAACGUUGUGCAAGGUGGUGCCAGUAUCUACGGGACUCACCCCUGGCACUGGUACUUCCUGCAGGGCGUUCCUGUCGUGAUGGGCACUCUGGUCAUCCCGUUCUUUCUCGGGGCGUGGAGGGCCAAGAAUAAAGUCUUGCUGUGGAUUAUCUUGUGGAUCCUGGCAACCCACAGUUUCCUCCCUCACAAGGAGUUUCGCUUCAUCCUUCCUGCUGUCCCCCUGGCCAUGCACUACUGUGGUGUGUACUUCCAGCAUCUCUGCAGCAAGCCUCCGCUGAGGAAGUUCAAAACUCCGAAGAGCAUGGAGAGCGAAACUGUGGCAAACACAAGUUCUGACGCGGAAAAAGAAGAUUUCGCAGCGUCAGCUUCUGAGUCACCUCCUUCUGAAAUGGAAGGGAAAGAGAAGCAAAAUUCGGAGACAGACGAUAAAGAAAAGACUGUUACGCUCGAAAAGAAAGAUACAGGAAAGGAAAAUAUUGAGGAAACAAAAUCUGGUGUGAAAGACGCAGGGUUGAAUCUGUCCUCUGAGUCUGCACCAAAAGAAGUCAGCGAUACAGAUGGAACAGGGGAAGUGAAGUCCUCCCCGAAAAGUCUCGAGAAGGAGGAGGGCCCGGGUUCAAAUGAAAGUUUGACAGCAGCAAAAGAAGGGAUUUUGAAGGAAGAAAAUGAGAGGAAGGACAGAGUGGAAACAAUGAGCCCUUCAUCACCUGCACCAAAACAUCAGCAUGCGGUUCCUAACUUGUGAGCCCAACUUGCAAGGGCUCUCUGGCUAUGAAGAGGAAGCAGACAGAUUCUACCAGAGUCCCCAGGACUGGCUGCGGUCGGAGUACGGUCGGGGCAAGCGCUACUGGCCCACACACAUCGUGUACUUCAAUUCUCUUCACAAGCAAAUCAGUAGCCUGCUGACUCAAAGUGGGUACCGGAUGUGUGAGAGCUUUUUCCACACCCACUUCCCUGAAGGAAGAGUGGGCUCUAGCAUUUUUAUCAGCUGUCGGUGGUCGGUGAAGUCAAUGUGAGGACUAGAUGGAGUUUGUGCUGUGUAUGGACCUGUCAAGUUCUCAGAUAAAAUCAAAGCACUCUGAUUUCUUUUUUACCCGUGGAAGAACCUUAAUCGGAUUUAUCAAUAAUCCAUUUUUUUCUUCUUGCAAAUCUGUUUCCAUAGGUUAUGUGCGACUCAUUGUAAAUGGGUGUGAAAAUGCACAUUUUAAAUCUCUUUUGCCAUAUUCGAGAGACUUAUCUUAGUUGAUGUGAAAAUACACAUUUCUAUUUGGAUGUAUCUGCUGUACAUGUUUGUCUCCUAAUAUCAGCUUGUAACGUAAUCUUAAUUUACUAAAAUUCUAUAGAAUCCAAUUUUUUUCCCCCCAAAUUCCCAAUUUUGGGAGAGGAUUUUAAGGAAACACUCCUGAUUUUGGUUGUGAGGUGGUAGGCAGGUCGGUGUGAACAUUUUUAGAAACUUUAAGUCAUGGUUUCCCUAAGACAACAACUGGAAGUGUCAAAUGUAGACUGGUAGGUGUUGUUGAAGGGCGUGGUAUGUAGGAGAACUGUGUUGGUAGUUUCACUAGUGGGAUCUGUGAAAAAAGCUGUGGUAGAAAAAAAGUAUUUGGACUUGUUGCCAUGUAAAGAAUAUUUUAAACAUUUUUUGAUUGAAGUUUGUCCUGGGAUCCUGUUUUGCAACUAAGUCUGUCCAGUCUGUCACAUGUGGGAGGUAGCUAUUAGGAGAAGCUUGCAAUUUGUAUGUAAAGCUAACUUUAAAAUAAUUGAUGGACAAACUUCUGUAGAUUUAUUUUAGUGAGAAGAAUGCCAAAGAGGGAUUAGACAAGGAAGUCUCUUUCUUUUGAAAAUAAUUCAGUAGGCCUACUUGUUUCUUGAACAUUUUGAUCUGAAUUUUCACAUGAUAUCUUUCUAGACAUAGCUACACAUCCUCCAGGGGCUGUUCAAAGGUGUGACUCUUCCUUUCAUGAAAGUCUUGCAAUGAAUAGAGCACAUGGAAUAAAGGGACAUAAUAUGUUUUGCAUCACAACGAAAUAUUCAUUGGCCUUGGGAUUGGAGCAGGAUCAGGUUCUGUGCCUAGAUGGGUAACUGACAACAAGGCUGGACCAACCCACCCAGAUUUUCGAGAAAGAAAAAGUUGGAAAGUUUGCCUUAGGAGUAUUAGGAGGUUGUUCCUAUGCACUUCUCCCACUGUCAGCUCUCUGCGACAGUCUCUGCUCAUCUCAAAUGUGAAUGAGACGAGUUCGCUUUUUCAUUUUACAAUAUGAUAGUUUCCAUGUGAAGGAUUAAGAUGACUUUUAUCUGCUUUGUUACUGUGUGUAAUAUUCCUUGCAUGUAAUAUGAAAUCCCAUCACAGACCUUUUCAUGCUUCAUUGCUUGAGGCCGAAGCAGUAGCUUGGUUGUUAUUGUGUUCUUGUACUUUAAAAUGGGUACAAGAGUACAACAAAAUCCUGAGCUCAUGAAUUUGAGUGUUACUCACACGUCUGUUGUUUAGCAUUUGUGCUAAUGUUUGACGACUGAAUUUUCACAGAGAUAUGUUAUUCAAACAUUCUUUUUUAACUGUCUUACAUAAGCAGAUAUUUUGGGCAAGAACUAAGUGUCAGCACUAAGGUCUACCCACUUUGAUUAUAUUUGAAACUUCGGUUCUCAGCUUUUGUUAUUGAUCACAUAUUUAUAUAACAUAAAUCUGGGCAACUAAUACACCUCCAAAAUUUCUCAAUUAUACCACGUAACUAUCAGAACUGGUGCUAUGAGCUUCUUAACUAAAAAAAAAAA